AUGAGUUUCUUCAACUCCAACCCUCCGGCCGCGGGACAGUCAGUCUUCGGUACUCCUGCCGUGACAGCUCAAGUUACUGCUUCCACCACCAACACAGCCGGUAGUCUUUUUGGAUCUACAACUACUGCCCCGACUUCAACAGCUUCUGCCUUGCCGACCGGCGGUCUGUUUGGCUGGACGGCUACUCCUACUGCUACCUCAACUGCAGCGUCUACAGCCGUACCAGCCGGUAGCCUUUUUGGAUCUACAACUACUGCCCCGACUUCAACAGCUUCUGCCUUGCCGACCGGCGGUCUGUUUGGCUGGACGGCUACUCCUACUGCUACCUCAACUGCAGCGUCUACAGCCGUACCAGCCGGUAACCUUUUUGGAGUUGCCACUACCACAGCGCCAGUCAGCACUGCUGCCGCUACUCCUGCUCCGGCCAAUAACACACCUGCUACCUCAAUUGGAUCUGGACCGGUCUUCCCGACGGCCCCCGCUUCUUCAUUUGGCUCGACGGCUCCGGCGACUAUCGGCGGCGGACUGACGUUUGGAAAGACUGCAUCCCUCGCCACUUCAUCAGCUCCCGCUGCGGGAGGACUCUUUGGCACGCCCACCACUGCGGCUACGUCCGGUACGCCCGGUACGAAGCCGCUCGCUAGAAGCUUCGGUAUGCCACCAACUACCGGCGCGACUCCUGCUCAAGAACCGAUGAGUUUCUUCAACGCCAACCCUCCGGCCGCGGGGCAGUCAGUCUUCGGUACUCCUGCCGUGACAGCUCAAGUUACUGCUUCCACCACCAACACAGCCGGUAGUCUUUUUGGAUCUACAACUACUGCCCCGACUUCAACAGCUUCUGCCUUGCCGACCGGCGGUCUGUUUGGCUGGACGGCUACUCCUACUGCUACCUCAACUGCAGCGUCUACAGCCGUACCAGCCGGUAGCCUUUUUGGAUCUACAACUACUGCUCCGACUUCAACAGCUUCUGCCUUGCCGACCGGCGGUCUGUUUGGCUGGACGGCUACUCCUACUGCUACCUCAACUGCAGCGUCUACAGCCGUACCAGCCGGUAGCCUUUUUGGAUCUACAGCUACUGCCCCGACUUCAACAGCUUCUGCCUUGCCAACCGGCAGUCUGUUUGGCUCGACGGCUACUCCUACUGCUACCUCAACUGCAGCGUCUACAGCCUUACCAGCCGGUGGCCUUUUUGGAGUUGCCACUACCACAGCACCAGUCAGUGCUGCUGCCGCUACUCCUGCUCCGGCCAUUAACACACCUGCUACCUCAAUUGGAUCUGGACCGGUCUUUCCGACGACCCCCGCUUCUUCAUUUGGCUCGACGGCUCCGGCGACUGUCGGCGGCGGACUGACGCUUGGAAAGACUGCAUCCCCCGCCACUUCAUCAGCUCCCGCUGCGGGAGGACUCUUUGGCACGCCUACCACUGCGGCUACGUCCGGUACGCCCGGUCCGAAGCCGCUCGCUAGAAGCUUCGGUAUGCCACCAACUACUAGCACGACUCCUGCUCAAGAACCUGCUCUGACUUACGGCUGCCUCGACCCGAACAAGCGCAACACCAUGUCCACCCUUGAGACACAUGUCAAUAUGGCCGUCGAGGAAAUUGACCGCAACCUGAAGAAAUUCCAUGGCAUGCUCGGCUCGGUCAAUUCGCUUGACUUGGUGAUUCGUAGCAACGAAAAAGAGCUCUCGAAAGCCGCUAAGGAAGUCGAACAUCAGGAGAAAAUGGCGCAAGAGAUGGAGUACGCGCUGGGACUCAUCGACAAUCAGCUUGGUGGCAUUGAACAACAAUUGGACGAGUGUGAGCAGAAGCUCGGCUUCGCCCCGUGGUCCGGCACUUGGCCCUAUGAGACGGAUCUGAUGAUGAACCAGUCGCGCGCAAAGACAGCCGCCGAUGUGAAGCGCUCCGAGAUGCACCAAAAAGUGAUCGCCCUCACCUCUCACGUCACCUUCAUGCAGCACGAGGCCAAGGCCAACGAGCGAACGGCGCUCGACUUGCUGGAGCGGAACAACAAGGCGCUGUACGGUGAGGACGAGAAGGUGUUGGCGCUCGUGUUGGGAAGACACUUGGACACUCUGCAUUGGCUGGACAAGGCUGGCGAUCAAAUCGACGAGAAGCUGAAGAAGUUGAACAAGCUCAACAACCUU